UGACUGGAAACCGGAAGUAACAAAAUAAAAGCUGGAGCAGCUCAGACUGUUUGCUUAUGUUGCUUGAAGAUGAAUAAAACCUACUUAACGGUAGCAGUCGGCUCUUGGACAUGAAUCAUUGUGAUAAUAAUAUCUAGGUAAAAUACACAUUUAAGAGAAACUAAAGAGUGUGUUUUUCAUGUCACUUUUGCUUACAUGAGCCUAGUAAAGUUACUAUGAAUAGCCACAAGGGGUCUCUGUUGGACUGGACUGAGCAAACAGUCUGAGCUGCUCCAGCUUUUAUUUGGUUACUUCCGGUCUCCAGUCAUGUGAAUUUGCAUAUUAAGCUAAAUAUUAAGUUUCAACAGUUUCCAGAUUUAACAUUUAAAUUUGGUGUGUGUGUGUAUAUAUAUAUGUAUAUAUAUGUAUGUAUAUAAUAUAUAUAUAUAUGUAUAUAUAUGUAUGUAUAUAAUAUAUAUAUAUGUAUAUAUAUACAUUUAGGAUUUAAAUUUAAGAUUUACAUUUAACAUUUACAUUUAAGAUAUAUAUUAAACAUUCGGAUUUAAGAUAUAAAUUUAGGAUAUAAAUUUAACAUUUACAUUUAAGAUUUAAAUAUUUAAUUCUGGAUUUAAACAUUAAGGUCCAAUACUUGUUAUUUAAAAAUAAAUAUUGAAGUUGCUAAAUAAUGAUUUAAAUGUGCAACAAAAAAAUGACUAAACUUUUUACACCACAUUUUAAACACUGUGUGGCGCUAAAUGUGAGAAAAUGUCGUAAUUUUCAGCAUGAGCUGCUUUACAAACGGCGCCCCAUACUCCUCAACUGCUUGGUUCUGUAAAUAUUACUGAUUAAAUUAAUUUAAGGUGAUGCGUGUCUGUGUUUCGAUUCAAUUUUGAAAACACGAUUUUCAAAUGUUUUUUUUCACGAAUGUUUGUUUUUAAAUAUUCGAGCUGUGUUUGUGGCUCGACAGCGUCGUCGCGUUCAUCAUCAUCAUCCUUCCUAGUCUUUUGUGUCAGAGGAAACUGAAGCGAGCCACGCCCACUUGACCCAAAAACUGCGCCUGAAAGCAGCAAAAUCGUCGGUCGGGAUGGCGGACGGACUAGGAGCCGACCAAAAUGGAACCUGGAGUUCUCCAGCUGUCAACAGCGAAAGUGGACCCGAUCCAGACAGUCCAACGGGCGGUCACGUGGAGUGGUGUAAACAGCUGAUUGCGGCCACGUUAUCCAGUCACAUCUCUGCAAAUUGUGACAUCAACAAGGAUCCUGCGGACGAGAGGCUCCGUUGCCACGGAGACGGAGACUCCGAGCAUCCCUCCUCUGCUUUGAGCUUUCCGAGACCGAAAAUGACGGAAAAAACCAAUGGAGUUCCUCUCCUGCCGGGGGAAAACAUCCAAAUGACGAUGGAGGACGUGACGUACGUUUGUCCCUAUAGCGGUUUGCUGAACGGAACUCUUACCAUCACUGAUUAUAAACUCUACUUCAGCAGCACUGAGUCUCCGUUUGUUCUGGCUGUCAACUUGGGCGUCAUCAGCCGCCUGGAGACAGUAGGCAUCCCAGACGGAGGCGAGAACACUGAGGGACUGGAGCUGGUCUGCAAGGACCUGAGGAGUCUGAAGUUCGCAUACAAGACGGGGAUGGUCGGCACGGAUGUGGCGAGGACUCUGUCGUCGCGAGCUUUCCCGCUGUCCAACGAAAUGACCUUAUUCGCCUUCCGCUACGAGCAACGCUUUCCCGCAGAUGGCUGGAAGGUGUACGACCCACUGGCUGAGUGGCGAAGACAGGGUCUCCCCAAUGAGUCCUGGACUGUCAGCCGCCUGAACGCAUCCUACCAGCUGUGUGACACAUACCCUUCCUUACUGGUCGUCCCCACCAACAUCUCGGAUGAGGACAUUAAGCGGGCGGCGGGCUUCCGGGCCAAGCGCCGCAUUCCGACGCUGUCUUGGAUCCACCCCGAGUCGCAGGCGGCCCUGGUGCGUUGUGGCCAACCUCUGGUGGGCCCGACAGACCGCCGCUGCAAAGAGGACGAGCGCCUCCUUCAGCUUAUCAUGGACGCUAACGCGCAGGCCCACAAGCUCUGCAUCUUCGACGCCAGACAUUACAGCGUCGCGCGGAGCAACAAAGAAAAGGACGGCGGCUACGAAAAUGAAAGCUUUUACACUAAUGUGGAGCUCAGCUUCCUGGAGAUCCCUAACAUCCACGUGAUGCGCGAGUCCCUCAGGAAGUUGAAGGACGUGCUAUACCCCACCAUCGACCAAGCGCACUGGCACUCCAACAUUGAGCGCACCCAUUGGCUGGAGUAUAUAGGGCUCCUGCUAUGCGGAGCAUCCCAGAUAGCUUCCAAGUUGGAGGGCGCGCAGACGUCGGUGGUGGUCCACUGCAGCGACGGUUGGGACAGGACUGCUCAGCUGACGUCUCUGGCCAUGCUCAUGUUGGAUUCCCACUACCGGACGCUUCAAGGUUUCCAGGUUCUGGUGGAGAAGGAAUGGAUCAGCUUCGGACACAAGUUUGCUGCUCGCGUAGGCCACGGCGAAGAUGACCACGGCAACUCUGAGCGCUCUCCUCUCUUCGUUCAAUUCGUGGACUGCGUGUGGCAGAUGACCCGCCAGUUCCCGGCGGCCUUCGAGUUCAAUGAGCUUUUCCUGCUCACACUGCUGGACCACCUAUACAGUUGCCUCUUCGGAACCUUUCUGUGCAACUCUGAAGAGGAGCGUGCCGCCCAGGAAAUCCCGACAAGGACAGCGUCCCUGUGGUCCUACGUCAACAGCCAGUUUGACGAUUUCCGCAACCCUCUCUACGUGAAUGAGCGCCACCGAGCGCUCUACCCUUUGGCUACCCUCCGGCAUCUGGAGCUGUGGACCGCCUACUACGCGCGAUGGAACCCACGCAUGAGACCGCAGGUGCCGCAGCAUCAGACGUUAAAGGAUCUGCUGCUACUGCGGGCCCAACUGGAACGCAGAGUGGACGAGCUGCGCAGAGAGGUUGAGGCAAACUCGCCAAAGUCCUCGCCGGAGCGUGCCAACACUGCUACCACCGCGCUGAGCGCCGUGGUCUGAUUAUUCCAACUUUAAUGUGCAAUAGUUUUAGGUCUCCCACACAUGAAGAACUCAACCUUAGCCCCGUUUUCAACGGAAUUUUCUAAUUACGCUCUCACACCUUAAAAAUAUCACACUCCCACUAUGUCGGAGGGGUUUGUUCUUCCCAGCUAGCAGCGUUACGUCAGUGUAUCAACUCUCAUUUAGAGAACAUUUCCUUAUUUCCUUCCCAGUUCCUUAUAAAAUCACAGAAGAGUGUUAGCCUAGCAACGUGAUCAAGAUCCCGGUAAGUCCUAUUGCUUACAGGACACACUUGCUAAAUGUUGUACGAACUGUUACGGAUUGCUUGAUUGAAACGUCGGUAUUGUAUAUUUUAAAAACCACAGAACAAUUCUGCACUAACUUGGGGUACACUGUCGUGUAAAUCGGGUGUCAAAGAAAAAAUGGAUGUCGAGUGCUGCCAAUGGCACUGGAAGAUGAAGAUUCAGAGCCAGUCCUACCAGUUUGAGUCAAUUGGACAUCUAUCGCUGUCAGUGGAAGCCAAAGAGUUCAUUUUUGGUCACUUACUUUUGGUUUCAGGGCAUUUUGGGGUCUUAGGUAGGGUUGCCACCUUUCAGAAAUUGAAAUACAGGACGCCCCCCUCGUGCCCAAAGCUGUACAGGCAGGAAAAAAAGGGACAUCCACAAAACUCCUAAAAUGCAUAGAAAUGUACCAAUUCAUAUAUAUUCCGUAUUGGUUCAAUACAGAACACAACAUUUAAUUCCCAAUUACAGAUCGUUCCUUAUUUCAAGGGACGGGUGGCACCCCUAGUGAUGGGACUUCCUUGAUCAUUCAUUGGCCAUUGACGGUGCUAGAUAUCAAUUCCAGGGCUUUGUUUUGAUGUUGUUGUCGAGAACAUUCCUAUGAAAGGAUACAACCCCUAGCAAAAAAGUAUGGAAUCGCCAGUCUCGGAUCAGGUUGCAGUCUCUGAGGCAUGGACUUGAUGAGUAUUCUUCAUGAAUUUGGUGCCAACUCUCUUUGAUUGCGGUUGCCAGAUCAUCCUUGCAGGUUGGAGCCUUGCUGUGGACCAUUUUUUUCAAUUUACACUACAGGUUUUCAAUAGGUUUGAGAUCUGGGCUGUUUGCAGGCCAUGACAUUGACUAGAUGAGUCUUUCUCCAAGGAAUGCUUUAACGGUUUUAGCUCUGUGGCA